GCUGCACACAAUAUCUAAAAUCAUUUUAUUCAAAGUAAUUUAUAGUUUUCAAUAGAGUGAAAGAGAGUAACAAGGUAGAUAGCUAGAUAGGGCGUGAGGGUUAGUGGGACGUGAGAGAUAAAGAGAGAGAGAGAUAAUCGUUGUGUAGAUGAUUUGAUAGUUAAACGAAUGAAUGGAGAAUUGAUGUGUAUAUGUACACACACACACACAUAUCUGUCAGUUUGAAAUGUGUAUGUUUAUAUCCAUAUCUAUCUAUCUAUCUAUCUCAGUUUGUUGGAAGAGCUUGCUUCGUUAGCGGAUUUCUAAUAAUCGGCAGGCUUCAGGGAAAACUUACAUCUGUUGGAGUAGAUCAUAAACAGCACUUUACCUGCGAACUUCUUUCUAUCAGCUGUACCUGUGAAAGGUACAACUGGAGUUAUAAACACCACCACAAUACAAUGCAACCCGCCUUACACUUUUAUUUGUGAAGUUACAAACGGAGAAUACCAGCCACUUGUUACUUAUUUCUAAAGAGGGACGAGCGAAAAAUUCCGGGUUUAUGUUAUCUUGUACAGAAAGAAGUCGGAUUAAGUUAAUUGCAUCUACACUGUUAUAUAUUUGUAUAUUCUAUACAUUUCUAAACAAUAAUAUACAUAUUCACUUAUAUACACUUGUAUAUAGAAUUAUAUAAGCAAUGUAACCAAUGUGUAUAAGUGGAGAGAAAAUAAUCUUUGGCUUUCUGUCAUUGUAUAUAUAUACACACUUAUUAAUAAAUACAUCAGUUUAAAAAUAACUAAUCUUGCACACCGAGGCUUAAUUAGUUGGAAAAUAACUUAUUAAAACGUGGUUUGUAAGCCACUAUUAAUCACACAGAACACGCACACACACGCAGAUAAUUGAAGUUACAUCGAAAAAUAUAGAUAAGUCAAUUUAUACACGUAACUUUAAAACAUAUUAAAAAAAAGAACCCAUUUUGUUCUAUAAUUUACAAAAACUAAUUAAUACACACAAUAUUUAUAUAUUGGAAAGCAAAUAUUUGUCCUUAUUACGCUCAUCACCCAGUGUUUGUUAUUCUUAAUUAUCGGCCGAAAUUUAACUACUUAUUUGCACAAGUGUGUGUUGUGUGAAAAUGAUGUUUACCAAAAUUCAGUGCCUUGUAGGCUUUAGGAUCCUAAUGUUUCUACAAAUCCUGGCUUUACUAUGUCUAUUCACCACCGUUACCUUUGCGACGUCUGUAACAUCCAUUGAUAAACCUUCAUACCAAACAUCAAGGGAAAACUGCAAACCUCAUGGUAUCCACAUAGCCUUUGGUAACACAACACAGGACAUAGUGAUAAUGUGGUCAUCAGUGGUCAACUGUUCCAGCUCUGUGAAAUAUGGUGACACCAUGUGGAACAAGAAUUACAAAGCAGAACCAACUACAGUGUUUUUCAAUCUUACCAACUCACUGGCAAGACAUUACUACUACCAUGCUGUACUAAAAAACCUUAAACCAAAUGCAACAUACUAUUACAGUAUAGUCAACAGUAAAAUGGUGACUCCUGCCUACUUUAAAACACCACCAAAGGGCAAUGAAUGGUCCCCUUCGUUUCUCCUGUUUGGUGAUCUUGGAGUGGAAUCCCUCAUUCAUCCCAUUCUAACCAAUGAAGCAUUGUCUGGCAAAUAUUCUGCCUUCUUCCAUAUUGGAGAUUUUGCUUACAACUUGGAAGACAAUGGUGGACAGGUAAUUAUGGUUCUCUAUCCAAUACGGAUGCACAAAAUCACAGAAGAUGAAACAAUACUUCAUUUAGACAGGCAUAUAGAAAAAAAGAUUGAUAAUGAAACAUUCGCUCAAUAUUGUUACCGUUUUUCCAUGCCUGGAACCAGUUGGCCAAUGAAGAUGGAUAAAUUGUGGUACAGUUUUGAUAUCGGACCAAUACAUUUCAUCAGUUAUUCCACAGAAGUAUUCUUUAUAAAAGACACCAAACAUAUUGCAACUCAGUCUGCUUGGCUGAUAGAUGACCUAGACAAAGCAAAUAAACAGAGAAAAGACCAUCCUUGGAUUAUAGCUGUUGGUCAUCGCCCAAUGUAUUGUUCCAACAGCAAUGAUGAUGAUUGUACUUUGGAAAAUUCCAAAGUUAAAGAGCACUUGGAGAACAUAUUCUACAUUGCUGGUGUUGAUCUAGUUUUUGAAGCUCAUGAACAUUCUUAUGAACGUCUGUAUCCUGUUUACAAUGGUAAAGUGGUCAGUGAGAACUACACAGAUGCUGCUGCACCAAUCCAUAUUAUAACAGGGGCUGCUGGCAGUAAAUGGGGCCCAGAUCCCAUGGAUAGGGAUGCAGUUAAUGUCACACAUGAAGAAUUUCUCCAGAACAAUACUGUUAAUGUAACUCACCAAGAAUUACUCCAGAACCAUACUGUUGAUAAUAAUUCCACAUUUGAGGAAAAUUUCAAUAACACGGGUAAUUGGACAGCAUUCCGCCAGAGUGAAUUCUCGUUGAACAGCUAUGGAAGGUUUACAGUGUACAACUGUACUCACUUGUUCUGGGAACAAGUCCAAGAUGGUAAAGAUUUGGACAGCAUUUGGAUUGUGAAAGGGGAGCAUACGAAAAACAAUGUUAGUAAAGAACUCCAGAAGAAAAUCAUACAAACUGUGAUGGAUCAACUUGCAUCAACAACGCCAAAAGUAACGACACCACCAAUAGCAGUUGGAACACAUGUAACAGUUAAUGGAUCUCAGCAUUCAGUUCUAUCAUCACCGUUCUUGAAAGGCAACAGCAGUCAGACAUUGAUCAUCAGUUUGUCUGCAGUUGGAGGAUGCAUUUUAAUCCUCAUAACAGUCUGUAUGGUUAUCAGGAGCAACAGGAAUAAAACAUCGCCAGUUACUUCUUGGAAUGAUGGGGGUUUUGUGAAGAGGAGUUUUUAUCGUAACAUAAAGAAUUUGGAGAAUGACAUUAUGACAGAAGAAAUGGACAUGCAUGAUGGCUCGUUACCAACUUCGAAAUUGCUAUCUGAAAAUAUGGACAUCUAAUUGAUAUAUAUAUAUAUAUAUAUAUAUAUAUAUAUAUAUAUAUACACAGACACACACAUGCAUUCAUAAAUACACAUAUUAUAUAUGUAUAUACAUAAUAUUUAUAUAUAUGUUGUAUAACAUAUAUCAAUAUUAUAUCAUGUAGUUAAAUAGACGUAUGUAAU